AUGAUUCGCGACGAUAAACUGUUUUUCCAUAAAACAGUUCAACAUUUAGCUAGGUCUUUAGCUAAUAUAAAAGACGCUCCUUGGAGUAAGGUACAAAUAUUGCUGUCCCUCUGCCCUCCCGAUCCGCAGAAUGGCACGUUUAUCAUAAAUUGUCGACAACAGGACGCUGUCAUUGCAUUGGGAUUGUAUUUUUUGGAAAGUGGCCUGCAACAUAAAAAUAUUAUUUUGCCUUAUUUAUUAAAAUUGGUUAAAUUAAUAGAGAAGGCGCAAUGGCAAGAUGAAAUUAAAUUGAAUUCGACCGACAGAAUUCCAAUAGCAGAAAAAUUCAGUUUUUGUUUGCACACACUCCUAAGCGACAUUGCAGUCAAAUGUGAGGAAUCCAGAUCGGAAAUUCUCGAAACCCAGGUAAACAGUUUGGUGAGCCUAACAGACCAAGUAUUGAAAAUCAAAGAUGCCAACAAUCGCAACAGUUCCAGCAAGCUAUUUCUAUGUAAAACCACCCUUCCUGUACUAAUAGGAUUGGCAAGGGCGAUGGGAAGAUUUUCAACGAGCGACCCUCCUCUAAUUUACAGAUUAUUCCCGCGCCCGGAGCCUCCUCUAAACCAAAAUGAAACCAAGCAACAAAACAUCUGCAAGAGAAGCUUCAGUAGUUUCAGGAAUAUAAUACCUAGGAGUUUAUCGGGUAAUUUACAUGCGACAGUUGAUAUACUAGCCGUAACUGCUGGCGGAUAUGAUACAGCUGAUGUUGCUUUUAACUCAAAUUCCUUAAAACGUGGCAUUUCAAUAAGCCACAAUGUGGGUGGUAAUGAUCCGAGAACGUAUUUCUUCGCCAAAUUCGGUUCCAGCUUCAACCAAUUUCCCCAUUUACGUAUAAACGAUCCCAACGACAAGAAACAACAAAUAGUCUUCCCGCAAGCACAUCUCUCCACCGUUUUGGCGCUCAGCAAGCAGCUCCUCACGAAAGAAAUGCUCGGUUUCCUGGACGAGCAAAGCUUAGAGAUCAGUUCCACUGGGAAAAUUUUAAUAUUCCCCUACAAGAGUUUCUCGGAAAUCGUCAAUUUGGUUAUGGUGACUCUGAUGAGGGAGUUGCUGCAACCGCAGAAGGACUUGCCUGUACCUUUUACUAAAGAUGUUCAAGAAUUCGUAAAAGGUCUUUAUUUAAAUGGCCAAACUGAGCUGCAGAGCAGGAACCACGAUUUGAGCGAAAGAGAGGACAAAGAGAACAAUUACGUUUUGAUAAAUAAAUUUAAAUUGAACGUGUUAGCUAAUGCUGCUUGCGUUGAGUUGCUGGUUUGGGCUAUUGGAGAUGAAACAGGUGCUGAUAGUUUGUGCAGCCGACUCACGGAGAAAAUAAAUUCGAACCACGGUUACCGACUAGUCAUAGCGCAUAUGCCAUUAUUAAUGGUGUGCUUGGAAGGUUUGGGAAAUUUGGCUCAGAAAUUUCCGAACAUAGCAUCGACAUCGAUAUAUUGUCUAAGAGAUUUCCUCAUUACCCCUUCGCCUAUUUUAUCGAAAUUGCACCGACAAGCUAACGAAAAAGGCACCAAAGAAUUAAAAAUCGCAGUGCAAGGCAAUCAACUGAAAGCCGAAAACACCAACGUGGCCUCUCCCAUCCAACAGGCCUUCGAGAAAUUGCGAGACGCCGCCAUCGAGAACUUGUGCAUAGCCCUAAGUGCAGCCCACACCUUGGACCCGGACUGCGUCCGAGCCCUCGUAGCCUCGGUAUCGAAUCGACUAUUCACAGCGGAAAAAAGCGACAGCGAAUCCACGCUAAUUUCAACGAACAUCGUCAUCAUGCUCGGCCACGUGGCCGUUUCGAUGAAGGGCACCCCCAAAACCACGGACACCAUACUGCAGUUCUUCCAGCAGAGGUUCUGCCGAGUACCGUCUGCACUCGAUACACUGAUCGUCGAUCAAUUGGGGUGCAUGAUCAUAGCGCAAUGCGAAACGCACGUGUACGAAGUGGUCAUGAAGAUAUUCACGAUGAUAACGGUGGAAAGCGGUAGCGUGGCUUAUGGGAAAGCUUCAAAUGAUAAAGCCCAAUACAGGCACGUUUCGAGACCCGUUAUAAACGCUUUGGCUAAUAUCGCGGACAAUAUACAAGGCGAUGUACAAAUGAACGAAUUGCUAGGUCGCCUGCUUGAAUUGUUCGUUCAGUUGGGAUUGGAGGGAAAACGAGCGAGCGACAAGACCCCAGGUGCCCUCAAGGCGUCCAGUUCGGCUGGAAAUCUGGGAGUUCUGAUACCCGUUAUAGCCGUUUUGCUCAGGCGUUUGCAGCCGAUAAAAAACCCGAGGCCUCGCAUUCACAAGCUGUUUAGGGACUUUUGGUUGUACUGCGUGAUUAUGGGAUUCACAGCAUCCGAUUCAGGUUUAUGGCCUCAGGAAUGGUACGAAGGAGUGAAGGAAAUCGCCGUAAAAUCCCCGACUCUGAUAUCGUUCACAUCGACCAGAUCGGAAAUGAGAGAGCUGCAAUUCACCAGCGCUGUUAAAAACGACAGCGUGUCCGUCAACGAACUCCAAGAGCUCAGAAAUCAGAUUCUCGAUCUGCUGAAGCAUCCUCCCGACGUCACGGCUUAUAUUAACAAACUAUCGUUCGCCCAGUGCACUUUUUUGUUGAGCGUGUAUUGGGUAGAAACCCUUCGAGUGGAGCAUUCGGGCGAGCCUUCUCUAGUUCCGAUCGUCUCCGACUAUUUAAGCGACUCGGCCCUGCAAAAGGAUAAAGCAGGAAUGUGGAAUUGCAUUCAAUCGGUCAGCGAAAGAGUGUUCGAAAAAUUCCUGGGCGUAAUGAAGGAUCGACCUAAAAACGAAUCGAGAGAAAGGGAUCUCGAGGAGCACGCUCAAUUUUUACUCGUCAACUUUAACCACCAGCACAAGCAGAUUCGAAGGGUUUCCGAUAAGUUUUUGGCCAGUUUAAUCGAUAAAUUCCCCCAUUUAUUGUGGAGCAGAAGAGUCCUAUGGACUUUAUUGGAUAUAACGCAAGUAUUAUCUUACUCGUUACAAAUAGAUGCCAAUCAAGAGACACCCACUUUGAGGAUACCUUCUACUCCUUACGCUAUACAGCUGAUGGAUACACUCGAAGCUAGAGAGACAAUAGUAAAAGACUUCGCCGCAAACGCCGAACGUAUCAUCAAGGAAGCCCUGAAGUGGGCGCCGCAGUGGACGAGGUCCCACAUACAAGAGUACAUCAAUCAAAUACCCAUAAGCGGCAUGUGGAAUCACACGGGGCUCUCUAUGGCGUUGGAGUCCGUGAUGCAAUGGGGCCCGGCCAAUCAAUUCAGCGCUUAUUUGAGCCACACAAUGAUGGAGAAGUUUCCGAAGUGCGUCAAAAGCGAUUCCUCCAAGAUGCUCUCGAUAUCCGCCAUGCGGUCGAAGUACACCGGAGAGGUUAUUGGUAUGCAAUACGAUUCAACCAAAGAACAAUCCACUUUAGUUAAAGAGGUUUUAAAUAAAGUUAAGACGGCAUGUACCGAAAGAAGCAACGCUUUGCACAGAGAUGCCCUAUGGCAAGCGACAGCUUUGUUAAUAUCGAUCAGGGAAUUGAACAGAAGCCUUUUGCAUUGCAUCGCUUGGUCUCAGGUGGAAUUAUUUACCGUGGAAGCGAUGAGAUCCGCAGUGGACUGUUGGCAAUGGCUGAUAACCGCUAGACCGGAACUGGAAAUCAGAUUCCUGCAAGAAAUGGUGGCCGCUUGGAAAUGUACAGUGCAAAAAAAGUUGGGAUUAUUCUCGAAUACCAGACCGCAAUGCAAUCCGUUAGCCGCGUACGAAGGUUGCAGGCUAGAGCCGGAUCCGCCGUUUGUGAAACCCCACGCCAUUUGGGUGCACUUCAUUUGCGAUUUAGUCGAAACGAUCAAAUACAGCAGUUACGAGAAAGUCGAAAUGAUCGGCAGCUUGAUUCAUCAUUCUCUAGCCAUGAACGUCGGAUCGGAUCCGGCGUCGCAAACUCGAGACAUAUCCGCCAUCGGCGUAAGAUUUAAGUUGCUUUCGUGCGGUCUGUCGCUUCUGCAGGGGGACAUCUUGCCGAAGAGUUUGGGCAAGAACGUUCUCAGAGAACGAAUUUACUGUAGUUGUUUAGAUUAUUUUUGUAAACCCGUCACGUGCCCUUCGCAAAACUCCGCCGACCUUCGAGAAGACAUAUCAACGCUGAUCAAAUUUUGGCAGACCCUGCAUUCCGACAAGAAAUACCUCAAGGCUAGUGACGUCGGAGAAGUGGACUUUACGGCGCCGUCGCCGGUGAGUUCUUUACCGAACAACGAACUGUCCAGGUCCAACGAUUUCAGCAAAUCCGCUUCGGGAUGGAUCAAUACGGUACCGCUAUCGAACAGCAGCGCUACUUUGAGCAGGCGGUCUACCAAGUCCACCAAGAGGCUACCUAUCGCGGAUAAUUUCGUUAAAUGCUACUUGAAAAAACGGAAUCUCAUACUCGAAUUAUUGGCUGUGGAAAUAGAAUUCCUAGUAGUUUGGUACAAUCCCACGCUUAGACCGGAAUUGCAAAUGCCUGGCGAGGAAAACGUGGCGUUUUGGAGAACUAAAACGAUAUCCGAUAAACAAUGGCAUGAUUAUACGAGGUUAGCUUGGGAUAUAUCACCGGUUUUAGCCGUGUACCUUCCAACUAGAUUUAGAAUGAACGAUGCGAUAAUUCACGAAAUAAAAAACUUAGUGCAAAUGAAUCCCAAUUCGGUAUCCAAGACUCCGGAGUCGUUGCAGUAUUUGGCAACAACGGAAGCGAUAUUGAGCGAUAGCCCGAAAUUGGUGAACAUGUUGACCUGGGCUAGAGUAACACCUAUACAAGCAUUGGCGUAUUUCAGUAGGCAAUUUCCUUCGCAUCCCACAUCGGCCCAAUACGCCGUUAGAGUGUUGAGUUCCUAUCCGGCCGAAACGGUAUUAUUCUACAUUCCGCAACUCGUGCAAGCCCUGAGACACGAUAAGAUGGGCUACGUAAACGAGUUUAUAAGGUACAUGGCGAAGAAAUCCCAAAUCGUCGCGCACCAGCUGAUAUGGAACAUGAAAACGAACAUGUUCCUCGACGAGGAUAUGCAGCAGAAAGAUCCCGCUAUUUACGAGAAUUUGGAAUCCCUAGUGACCAGCAUCGUAAGCGAUUUGUCGGGUCCGGCGAAGCAAUUCUUCGAAAGAGAAUUCGACUUCUUCGGAAAGAUUACGAACAUAUCCGGGGAAAUCAGACCGUUCCCCAAAGGCAUCGAGAGGAAGAAGGCUUGCUUGGAUGCUUUGAGUAAAAUAAAGGUUCAAUCCGGAUGCUACUUGCCGAGUAACCCCGAAGCCAUGGUGCUAGAUAUAGAUUAUAAAAGCGGCACGCCGAUGCAGAGCGCAGCCAAAGCGCCAUAUUUGGCUAAAUUUAGGGUAGCCAAAUGCGGCAUAAACGAAUUGGAAAACAUUGCCAUGGCGGUAUCGGCGAACGAGGUGAAGGAAAACCAAAGUUUCGGUCCCGAAAUAUGGCAGGCGGCCAUUUUUAAAGUAGGCGAUGACGUGAGACAAGACAUGCUGGCUCUACAAGUUAUAGGCAUAUUCAAAAAUAUCUUCCAAACGGUCGGAUUGGAAUUGUAUUUGUUCCCGUACAGAGUUGUAGCCACCGCUCCGGGGUGCGGCGUUAUCGAAUGCGUCCCGAACGCUAAAUCUAGAGAUCAGCUAGGCAGACAGACCGACAUAGGGAUGUACGAGUACUUCUUGAAGAAAUACGGCGACGAGAGUACAAGGGAAUUCCAAAACGCUAGAAGAAACUUCAUUAUUUCGAUGGCCGCGUACAGCGUCAUCGGAUUUCUCUUGCAAAUCAAAGACAGACACAACGGAAAUAUCAUGUUAGACACAGACGGGCACAUUAUCCAUAUCGAUUUUGGAUUUAUGUUCGAAUCGUCGCCCGGGGGCAAUUUGGGCUUCGAACCCGAUAUUAAAUUAACCGACGAGAUGGUGAUGAUAAUGGGUGGGAAAAUGGAAGCGCCGCCGUUUAAGUGGUUUUCGGAAUUGUGCGUUCAGGCCUACCUUGCAGUGAGGCCGAACUGCGAAGCCAUCAUAUCUCUUGUGUCUCUAAUGCUGGACACGGGACUGCCGUGUUUCCGCGGUCAAACUAUAAAGCUCCUGCGUAGUCGGUUCAGUCAGGGAGCGACGGACAAGGAGGCGGCGAAUUAUAUGCUUCAGAUUAUUAGAAAUAGUUUCCUUAAUUUCAGAACGCGUACUUACGAUAUGAUACAGUAUUAUCAAAACCAAAUACCUUAUUAG